AUAGAGAAAAAAUAGAGAAAAAAUAGAGAAAAAAUAGGAAAAAAAUAGAGAAAAAAUACAGAAAAAAUAGGGAAAAAAUAGGAAAAAAACACUAAAAAAAAAAGAAGAAAAACCCCGAGGAGCUCAUCCACAGCGAGCCCACGGGCAGAACCCCCGCCGGGAGCGGCGGGAGCGCGCCGAGCCCGCGGCGGAGCGGCGGCGGAGAUGAAUUCGUACUUCACGAACCCGUCGCUGUCGUGCCACCUCGGCGGCGGCCAGGAGGUGCUGCCCAACGUGGCCGCGCUCAACUCCAGCUACGACCCCGUGCGGCAUUUCGGCGGCUACGGCGCGGCCGUGGCGCAGAACCGGAUUUAUUCGUCGCCGUUUUACUCGCCCCAGGACAACCCGGUGGUUUUCGGCUCGGCGGGCCGCUCGCCCUACGAGUACGGCUCGAACGCUUUCUACCAGGACAAGGAGGUGCUGAGCAGCUGCCGGCAGAGCUCGGUCGGGGGGCACGGCACCCCCAAUUCCAUCGCGCAGGAUUUCCCCAGCGAGCAGAGCCGGAGCGCGGCUCAGGAGCAGAAAUCCGGCAUCCAGAUCUACCCCUGGAUGCAGCGCAUGAAUUCGCACAGUGUCUGUUUUGUCUCGGCUUCUUUAGGAGUCGGCUACGGGGCCGACCGCCGGCGGGGCCGCCAGAUUUAUUCCCGGUACCAGACGCUGGAGCUGGAGAAGGAAUUCCACUUCAACCGCUACCUGACCCGGCGGCGCCGCAUCGAGAUCGCCAACGCGCUGUGCCUGACCGAGCGGCAGAUCAAGAUCUGGUUCCAGAACCGCCGCAUGAAGUGGAAAAAGGAAAAUAAAAGCGCCUGCCCCGGCUCCGGGGACAGCUUGGCCAAGGAGGAGAAGCGCGAUGAGACAGAGGAGGAGAAGAAGGAGUGA